AUGAGGUUAAGCUCUAGGAUUUAUGGCAUAAUAAACAAGUCGCUCACCCAGCAGGUGAGAGGCUUUAGAGGAUCAGUUCCUCCCACAAAGAGGUUCAUGUCCUCAGUAAAGCCUGCAGAUACCACCCUGAGGAAAGGACAUAUAUCUCAGGUCAUUGGUGCCGUCGUGGACGUCAGAUUCGACGGACCGCCACCUCCAAUUCUAAAUGCCCUCUGGGUCGAUAGCGACGAGGGAAGGCUCUCCCUCGAGGUCGCACAGCACUUGGGUGAUGGAGUUGCCAGGAGUAUCGCUAUGGGCGCCACUGAGGGCCUCAUGAGAGGACAGGAAGUCGUGGAUUCAGGAGCGCCAAUUCUCAUUCCUGUAGGUACUCCAACUCUAGGAAGAAUUAUGAACGUCACUGGAGACGCCAUUGAUGGAUUCGGACCAAUCGAAUCCUCAGAGAAGCUGCCCAUCCACAGGCCAGCACCAACAUUUAGCGAGCAAAAGAGUGAUGAAGCUCUGCUCAUAACUGGAAUCAAAGUUGUCGAUCUCUUGGCUCCAUAUGCCAAGGGUGGUAAAAUCGGUCUUUUCGGAGGUGCCGGUGUCGGCAAGACUGUGCUCAUUAUGGAACUCAUUAACAAUGUCGCCAACAAGCACGGAGGUUACUCCAUCUUUGCUGGUGUUGGAGAAAGAACCAGAGAAGGAAAUGAAUUAUACCAUGAAAUGAUGACCACUGGAGUCAUCAAGAGGAAGAUUGUCGGAGAAGGAAAGGCUGACUUUUCGGGUUCCAAGGCAGCAUUGGUCUACGGUCAAAUGAACGAGCCUCCUGGUGCUAGGGCCAGAGUUGCACUCACUGGACUCACUGUGGCCGAGUACUUUAGAGAUGAAGAUGGCCAAGAUGUGUUGCUCUUUAUCGAUAACAUUUACAGAUUUACCCAAGCUGGCUCAGAAGUCAGUGCCCUCUUGGGUAGAAUUCCGUCUGCUGUGGGUUACCAACCCACUUUGGCCACAGAUUUGGGUUCUCUUCAAGAAAGAAUUACAACUACACAAAAAGGAUCCAUUACCUCUGUACAGGCUGUCUACGUCCCAGCUGAUGAUAUCACGGAUCCCGCCCCCGCCACCACCUUCACGCAUUUGGAUGCUACAACUGUGUUAUCCAGAUCAAUCGCUGAACUUGGUAUCUACCCAGCCGUCGAUCCACUCGACUCAACCUCUAGAAUGCUAUCUGCACACAUUGUGGGCGAAGAGCAAUACAAUGUCGCAAGAAGCGUCCAAAAGAUUCUACAAGACUACAAGUCACUGCAAGAUAUCAUUGCCAUUCUCGGUAUGGACGAACUUUCAGAACAAGAUAAAUUUGUUGUUGCAAGAGCAAGAAAAGUACAAAGGUUCCUCUCACAACCAUUCCAAGUCGCCGAAGUCUUCACUGGAAAACCAGGCAGAUUUGUCGAACUCGGAGAUACCGUAGCCGGAGCAAAGGAAAUCCUAGACGGACACUGCGAUGACCUCCCCGAAAUGGCAUUUUAUAUGGUAGGAGGACUACAAGAAGCUAAGGAAAAAGCCAUUGAUAUGGUCAAGUCUGCAAAGUAA